AUGGAAGAGUACGAGGAUUACCUCAAACAGCGGCGCGAGGAGCCAGGCGAGCCAGGCGACGCCGAAGAACUAAUAUACGAGAACUCCAAAUUAUUAGGAGGCGGUCACUUCACCAUCAGAUCAAAGCUCAAACCCAUCAACUUACAGGACUUUGGAAGCAAGCAUAACCUUUCGCCCCAGGACAGCAAUAAGUUUCGCAGCGCUCUUGGCGAUUUUAUGUCCAAAUCUCUCCAAGAUGCUGGAAUUCAACUCCCAGAUAACCUGUGGAUCAAAUUCCCCCCUACUCAUAUAGUAAGCACCAACGAGCCCUUGAUUAUGAGCAGUUCUCAUGAACACACAAAAUGUCAGAUAACUCCAUUUCAGUAUCUCAAAGUCAACUAUGAAUCAUAUGAGACGUGGAGAGUAGCAACCGAUUUUCUUCGAUGCAACCCCCGCUUCCAGAACCAACCUCGUUACGAUUUUGUCAUAUUCCGAACAGAGAAUGAUGGACUCAUGUUCGCGCAGCUCAAGCACUUAUUUACGUGCGCAGUUGGAGCCGAAAAAUAUGCCGUCGCAUAUGUACAGUCUUACAAAGUGGUUGCGUUUGCACGGCGCUCACGGUCAGACAAAGCCUUGGGUAUUCUUAGAGUCAAGAGGGAUAAGAUGGAGUUUGUUUCCGUUCAUUCCGUCAUUCGUGGGGCGCUUCUUGUCGCUACAACAGCCAGUGACGUUUUAGAAGAGGAGCGACUUGUUGUUGAUACAAUUGACUACGAUAUGUUCUUACGCGUAAAGAAGCACUGGCCAGGAUAUACCGACAACUAG